AUGAAGUUAUAUAAAUGUUUAAUUGCCCUAAUUGUGUGUUUGUUAAUUGGAGAUGUUUAUAGUGCUACCACUAUUAAAAGUUAUAAAACAACACCAGCAACCGAUCCAGAAUCAGUAGAAGAAAAUGGUACCAAGUCAUGUAGUGGAAUCACAGUUGAUGUUAAAUUAAGUGAAACACCAACUGGAACUGUUACAGCCAAUUUCCCAAAUAAUGUUAAUGGUGGUGCUGUAACAGCAACUCAAGAUAAAACUGAUCCAGGAACAUACACCAUUUCAGGAAUUAUCUUAAAAGAAGGAGGAAAUUUAAAUGGUUUGGAAUUACUUAUUGAUGGAACAGCUCUUUCUAAUGAUGUUGGUGUAACUCUCCCAACUUUAAAAUGUUUAGAAUCAUCUGCUUCUGCUAGUGAAUCAUCUGCUUCUGCUAGUGAAUCAUCUGCUUCUGCUAGUCAAUCAUCAGCUUCUGCAAGUGAUAGCUCUGUUACUCCACCUGUUAUUAAAUCAAUUUCAGUUUCUACACCUUCAAUGGAACCAACAAUUAAUUCUGGACAAUUAUUUUGUACUAAAGUUAGAGUAGACUUUGAAUUAGAUAAACUCUAUCAAGUUAAUCUUUUAGAACCAAAAUAUAAUUCUUUCCCAGCAACUGGUAAAAAUACUAUUUAUCUACCUGAUGAAACUAAACCAAUCUAUUACUUUAUGUUGGAUGUCUCUGUUAAUGGUAAUUUGGAUGAUUUAUAUAUUUUGUUUGACAAAACUGAAAAAGUUGCCUUACCAAAUAAAAUCUCAUUCAAAUGUGAGAAAGCUGCAACUGAUCCAACAAGUGUUACUACCAUGACCACUUCGAAAUCUAGUGCUACUUCAAAAGGUGGAAUUUGUUCAGAGGUUAAAGUUGACUUCACUUUAGAUAAUGCUGCCACCGCUGUCACUGAUAUUACUGUUGCAUCUUCAUCUGUUACUGGUACUCCUUCAAUUACUCAAGUUGGUACUACCUCUACCUAUUCUGCAACUGUAACUGUUAAAGAAGGUGGAGAUUUAUCAGACUUUGUAGUAAACUAUAAAGGUACCCCAUUAACCUCAACUGCUUCAAUUACAUUUAAAUGUGAAAAAGAAUCAGGAAAUGAUAGCAAGAGUGAUGAUGGUUCAACAUCUUCUUCAUUAUCUGCAAACUCAAUAGUAGUAUUUUGUUUCACUGCUUUUUUAUUAUUAUUUUUAAAUUAA